CACCCGGCAUCCUUGGCCAUCUGCGACUGUGCGUAUAUACACGGGCCCUCUUGUUUUUUUACUUGCUUCGUUCUCAUAUAUUAUAUACGGUAUACUCGACUCGCGAGGACAGCUGCGAACUAUCACGCGACCACAGCGAAACAUUUAUCGGGACGACAAGCAAUAUAUACUUGUAUAUCAUAACGAGGCUUCGUUUGCUCGCCCGUCACUUUUUUUCGCUCCGGAGGAGGAAUUUCGCAGCAACCGAGGGUACAAUGGCCCGGGAGGGAAAUGUGUCGAGCCGGGCAUUUGCGAUCGCGAUGAUGGGGCUACUGGUGGUGCUGAUUACAUCGGUAAGGGCUCAACACGAGACGCCGUCGAGCGCCGGCCAUCGGGGCAACGACGUGGGAGCCUCGGAGUUUUCCGACGCCGAGACGAAGAAACGACCGGCGCAGGACCUGAGCGACCUCGAGAAAUAUCAUCAGAUGCAAGAGUUGCGCGACGCGGGAAAUCUGAUGCGCCAGCUGAGGGAGCUAGACGAGGUGCUGCUGGGACCGAGCGAUUACGAAAAACGAGCCUCGAUGCGGGGCUUCCAGGGCAUGCGGGGCAAGAAGAGCAACGAGCCGUACGACGGGGGCGCCCGUGGCUAUUACUACCUCGACGAGUCGAUGCUCGACAAGCGUGCCCCCUAUUCGGCCUUUCAAGGUGUGAGGGGCAAGAAGAGCCUCGAGGAGGUGAUGAUGGGAGAGGCGGAGAAGCGCGCCCGGAUGGCCGGCUUUCAAGGCAUGAGGGGCAAGAAGAGCGAGGACUUUGAGGAUUCGGACGUGGAGUGGCACGAGAAGCGCGCCCCGAGUCAUGGAUUCCAGGGGAUGCGGGGCAAGAAGGGCAUGACGCUACGGGAUCUGUACGACGACGAGCUCGUCAAGCGAGCCCUCAGCAGUUUCCACGGUAUGAGGGGCAAGAAGGACAUGACGUACGAGCCACCCAACGACUUUGACAACUACGUCGACAAGCGCCCAAUGAUGAUGUCGUUCCACGGGAUGCGCGGCAAACGAAGCCUGCCCACCAAGCCCGAGGAUGCGGCAGGAGGUGGCGGGAGCUACAAGCUGGAGAAGCGCUCGCCCUACCGGUUCUUCGGCUCGCGGGGCAAGAAGAACCCGCGCUGGGACAGCCGAGCCAUCAAAGGCUUCGUGGGCGUGCGGGGCAAGAGGCUCGAGCAGCCCAAGCAACUCGUGUCCACCUGGCCCUCGUCGGCCGACGUCUACGACGAGCUCGAGCUCGCAGCCGUGGCUGCCGCCGCGGCCGAGCACAACGCGAGGAGUCACCUGCCUCGGGCCGAUUAGAUCCAAAGCAGUAAAGAGAAACGAGAAGUGCCGCGGGCGGUAUAUUACGAGGAGGACUGGCGGGAGGAGAACUUCAAGGGGCGCUAGACGAUCACUACGAAGACGACUGUAAAUGUGCAUCUCUCAUUUUACUCCCCUUUUAAUUUCUAAGGAAGGAUUCGUGCUUACCUCCCCAUCCGCGUCUAUAGCUCUUAUAGCUUCCCCAUCUCUCUCUCUCUCUCUCGAUAAAGGCAUCGCGUUGCAUCGAUUGGAUGGUAAAAAAUCACGAGCACAAAAACAGCGCAGAUCUCGCAGUUGGCUACUUACACUCGGUUGAUUCCCCCUGAAACGAGAGAGGGAGAUAACUCCAUUUCCCCUCCGGCUUAGCUAUCGGAUGCUUAUGGUCUUAAUGAAAUGAUACUUUUGUUUCGCGAACUACGCGGUACCUACGCACAAAAAACUUUACUCUCUAACGAACGCUACGAGAAGCUAUUUGGGAGAUUAGUUGGGUGCUGGGGAGGAGGAAAGAGAGAAAAAAAAAAAAAAAAAAAAUCAAGUUUUCCAGCACAAAGAUUUGUAACGCUUGCCAUCAAAAGAUACACCUCUUACGUCAAAGAAGAAGAACCCCUGGAUAUUUUUAUCAGAGUAUAAAAAAAAAAAAAAAAAAACAUUUUCUACGCCAACAUUUUUUUAAUUAUAAUUUCAUAAGCGAUUACGAGAACAUCAGUGUUAGAGAGUCCUCGGAUGGAAAAAAGCCUACAAACAUUUCAAGAGUCUCCGUUAUAAAUUUUUUUUAUUAAUAAUAUGUGUACCUGCUGUUAUCUAUGAAAUAUAUGUAUGUCAUGAAUGUGGAAUCAAUCAAAAAAUGUAACGAUUACGAUUCAGCAUGCGGAUCAAUAGUUAAGAGAGAAAAAAAAAAAUAACAAUAAUAUACACACCUGAAGGAAUUGUAAAUAUACAAAUCUCUCCUUGCGACAUAUUAUUCGUUACAUGUAGGUAUAUUAUAUAUGUAUGUAAAAUUUAUAUUGUAUUGUGAUCAUGAAAAUUUUAUUAAAAGUUGAUAAUACAUUGAAAUUUUAAUAGAUUACUAUAUCGUUGGAAGUAAAAUUCUUCCUUCAAAGACGACACAAACAAAUGGAUGACCAAGAAACGUUGCAUUUAACGAUUUUUUUUCAUAAAUGUACAUUUUCGUUGAACGCACCAAAAAAAUAGAAUGUUAUUAGUAGAUUGAUUCGUUGGAACGGUGUAACAGCCGAGUACAAAUUAAUUAUCGCAACGGUCGAUUCUUGUUGAUUUUUACACAAUUUUAUUGAUGUGUUGCUCGUUCCAAGCCGGAGCUACUAUCUGUGCUACAAUGGUAUAUGAUUUUUUUUAAAUAUUUCUCGCGAAUGCGUGAAGCAAUACUAUGGGUUGAUUGAUUUUAUGCGCUCAAUUAUGCUGUGAAUGUACUGAAAAAGACUUGGAUGCACAUAUUGGUACUUCCGUGCUACUACUUAAUAAACUAAAAAACAAACUAAGGAGAGAAUAAAAGUCAAAAAAAUAAAUUACGAGUUUAUUGUAGUACCUAUA